AUGCUGCAGCGCCUCCUAAUCGUCGCAGCGGUAGCACAAGCGCGCCGCGGCGGCGAUUUUACGGGCGUGAACUUCGGCAUCCGCGGCGCGGACUUUGUGCUGCUCGCGGCCGAGACGGGGCACCGCAAGGGCCCGCUCCAGUACGCGGCCGACGGGAGCGGCGCGAUUAGGAGGGUGGACGCGGGCGCUGUUUUGUCCUGCGUCGGCCACCAGGGCGAGGCGGAUGAUCUCGCGGCGUUUUUGAGGGAGUCGCUGACCGCGUACCGCCUGGACGCCGGGAGAAGCUGCCCCUCGAAGGCCAUCGCACACUUCCUGCGGCGCGAGAUCGCCGAUCGGCGGCGCACGGACGGCAACACGCCGGAGCUGCGGGCCCUGCUCGGGACCGUGGAUGAUGAGGGCGCUGCUUUGACUUGGGUCGACGAAUCCGGGGCGCGCGCGGACCUGCCCUACGGCGCGCACGGCGUCGGCGCGCCGCUUGUAUUAGGGUUGUUGGACGAGGCGUACUCGCCGUCGCUGAACCGGGACGAGGCCGUCGAUCUGGCCCGGACGUGCCUGGACGUGCUGCGGCGGCGGUACGCGCUCGCGGUGGACGCGGCGCGGAUCGUUGUUUUGGACGCGACGACUUGUCGGGAGGUAACUUAG